AUCAAAAGCAAGCUUUGUAUUGGCUGAAUGGCUUAAAAACUUUAAUAAAAGUGAAAUAUCAAAACAAAAUAAAUAAUGAUUUUGUGAUAUAAGUAUUUAUAAAAAUAUAUAAAAUAAAUAAGGUAGAUUAACUUAAUAAAAAUGGCAGACGUACGAGAUAUUUUAGAAUUAGACAGGGCAACAACUCCUGAAAUAACACGCGACAUAGUGAUGGGUGCCGACAAAUUCAAGAAGGGACCAAGACCUCCCACAGCUAAAGUGACAAAACGUCCUGAAGGAAUGCAUCGUGAAGUCUUUGCUUUAUUAUACAAUGACAAAAAUGAUGCUCCCCCACUUUUGCCAACUGAUACUGGGAAUGGCUAUAAACAAACAAAAGCAAAACUUGGUUUACGAAAAGUACGUCCUUGGGCGUGGACACCUUUUACUAAUCCAGCCAGAACUGACGGAGCUAUAUUUUAUCAUUGGCGAAGAGCCUCUGAUGAACCCAGAGAAUAUCCUUUUGCAAAGUUUAAUAAACAAAUUUCAGUGAUAUCAUAUACAGACACGGAAUAUAAUACCCAUUUACAAUCAGAGACAUGGACACGCGCUGAAACUGAUAUGUUAUUAGAUCUAGCAAAACGUUUUGAUCUUCGUUUUACGAUCAUGUGUGAUAGAUGGAAUCGAGAUAAACCACGAACUGUUGAAGAUAUAAAGGAGCGGUAUUAUGAAAUUUGUGGCAUAUUAGAAAAGGUUCGAGGAGGUAGUAGUGAUAAAAAAAUAUAUGUAUUCGAUGCUGAUCAUGAAAGACGAAGAAAAGAACAGUUAGAUAAACAAUUUAAACGCACUAAUGAACAGAUGGAAGAAGAACAAUCACUCAUUAAUGAAUUGAAGAAAAUUGAGGCACGAAAAAGAGAUCGAGAAAGAAAAACACAAGAUUUACAAAAACUUAUUAGUCAAGCUGAUAGUCAGGGUGAAACACCACGAAAAUCUGAUAAGAAAAUACCGAAAAAGAAAUUACAUCAUCCUACUAGGCCAUCAAGAAUUGAUCCUAGUGCAAUUGAAAUAACUGGUAUUAAAUUUCCUGAUUUUAAAAAUAGUGGAGUAUCAUUAAGAUCACAACGAAUUAAACUACCAGCCAAUAUUGGACAAAAGAAAACAAAAGCGAUUGAACAAAUGCUACAAGAAUUACACAUUGAUCCGAAUCCUAUACCAACUGAAGAUAUUUGUCUUCACUUCAAUGAACUACGAAGUGAUAUUGUACUGAAUUAUGAAUUAAAAAGUGCUUUGGCUACUUGUGAAUUUGAAUUACAAUCAUUGCGGCAUCAAUAUGAAGCUUUAAAUCCUGGAAAAACACUUUCAAUACCUACCUCAAUAUCAACUGGUGCCAACGAUCAAGAAGGAAUUAAACAGGAAAUAAUUGAUGUUGUCGGUUCACCGGGAACUCCAGCUAAUACAACCUAAUAAUUAUUCAUACUUUUC